AGUGCAGUGCUGGCGGUUCGGCUCCGGGACGUGCGGCGGGCUGCCGCUUGUCGAGUACGGUUGUGUUUCUCAAGAGCUGACGGGCCGCGGUGGCGGACCCGGGCUCGGGCGGCAGCACGGAGGCGCAGGCUGUGCCCGAGGGCUCGGGGCCGAGCACCGCCAGUCCCCGGACGGCCCCUCCGGUGACGGUGCUGGUGAUGCGGCAGGACGAGGCCGAGGCGGACGGCGCUCUGAGGCCGGGCCUGGCGGGGAGUGAGGCGGCGGCAGACGCCGAGGACGAGGCGGGGGACGACGACGCCGACCUGCUGGACACAUCGGACCCGGCGGGCGGCGGCGAGAGUGCGGCCAGCCCGGAGGAGCUGGAGGACGAGGACGCGGAGGGUGGCGGCGCAGCGCGCAGGCGAGGCUCCAAGACCUGCACGUACGAGGGCUGCCGCGAGACCACCAGCCAGGUGGCCAAGCAGCGCAAGCCCUGGAUGUGCAAGAAGCACCGCAACAAGAUGUACAAGGACAAGUACAAGAAGAAGAAGAGCGACCAGGCACUGGGCUCUGGCGGCCCGUCCGCGGCCAGCACAGGCAACGUCAAACUGGAGGAAAGCACAGACAACAUACUCUCCAUUGUCAAACAGAGAACAGGAUCCUUUGGUGAUCGCCCUGCAAGACCUACUCUUCUAGAGCAAGUGUUAAAUCAGAAAAGACUGUCAUUACUAAGAAGUCCAGAAGUUGUCCAGUUUUUACAGAAGCAGCAGCAGCUACUAAAUCAGCAAGUUUUGGAGCAAAGACAGCAGCAUUUCCCAGGAGCGCCAGUGUGAGGCUUACGGAGGCUUCUGCGCGCUACCUUACUGCGAUGCAUGGGUGCUUUCAGCCUAAGACAGUGCUGGUAAUCAGACAUUGGGGGCACACCUGGAACCCCUGAACUUGGAAAACUGAGCCAAGAGGAUCCCAAGUUCAAAGCCAGCCUGGGCUACAUAGCAAGUUCCUGUCUCAAAAGAGAGAGCGAGAGCGAGAGAGAGAGAGAGAAACUACUUUCUGUAAAUGUGUGUGUACAUUUGAGAAUAAAUAAAUAUUGAAUUUUUGCAUUUAAUUGUUUCAUAUCACUGUGAGUUUGGAAAAAAACACCUUUAUAGUGUUUACUGUUUUUCUUCAGUUAUGCCUACUGAAGCGAAUGAGCCAGUUGCUUUCUGUGGAAGUCAUAAAGUAACAGUAAUAUCAAUCACCCAGGGCUGCGAUUCUCACCAAGAGGCCCUGGAAAGGACUGGUAUGUUUUGGGCUGCCACAGUGACCUUGACCUAGCGAGGCUGUAGUGAGGGUCAGAAAUCGUAACCUUCUGCAGUCUGUGGUAUUCCACCAGCUAAAUGUUCCCUUGCCGUCAGUGCGUCUCCGCUGCAUCGAUAACCUGCGGCCAGCUCAAGGUCAGGUGCUUGGAGUAACCUUUCUGUGUAGUUCAGGUGGAGCUCUGAAAGCUAAGCAUCUUUAUACCUGUGAGGAAAGUGGUCACUGAUCUGUCUCUUCAUGUAACUGGAGAAAGAGAGGACACUAAAGUUGGUGCCUCCAGGGUUGGGGGUCACUCUCCUUUAAAGCAGGUUGUCUCCUCAGUUGAUUUUGUGAACAGUUCAGAUGUACUCAGCCCACCAAGGCCAGGACAGGGUUGGUUUGCUUAUAGUCAUUCUCCAUAAAGGAGACCCUGAAGGUAGAAUAGCUCUCACUGUAGCCAGUGCUUUUCAAAACUGAGCACUUAUUCCUAGCUACUGUUAAAGGAACGGAGGAUUAUCUGGGUACUUUUUUUAAAAAACUUUUUCCUAGGAAAACUUUAAAAAAGCAAAAAUGCCAUAAGAUACAGAAUCAAAUGUCAAGAGAGUAUAUCCAGGAGUAAGUUAAUAAGUGAUUCAAGGUAAAAUGGAUCAGUUGGUUGAUUCCUAAACUGAAAUAUAUCUGAUGUUAAACUCGUAGCUACGAUAAGUACUCACAGGGCUACGGAUGCAGCUUAGCCUUACUGCACCUGCCUAGCAUGUGCAAGGCCCUCAGCCCACUCCCCACCCUUACCACCACAAGAAACAAAUACAAAGUAGAGUGAUUUUCUUCAUUUUGUGUUCUAUACUUGUGUUUCUGAAAAAGACCCUUUUGCCAAAAUUAUUCAUUAAAGGACAUCCGUUGAACUUUGA